CGCUCAGACAGAGAAGGAAAAGGGUUCCAAAACCCUAAAACCCCUCUUCAGAUCUCUGUCAAUUCGUUCAAACUCAUCCCUUUCUAGCCAAACCCUAACGACCCUUUUCAGUUCUUGGUCAUUUUGUUACGUCGAUGGCUUCUCCACUCGCUUCUUUCAAUCUCUCAAGAAAAAGAGCAGAAGAAGAGAAGAUGGUUGUGGGGUUUCUGACGAUGGAGGACUUCAAGGGCAGGGACUUUAAUGACGAUUUUCAUCGUUCUUUGUCCUCCAUCGAUCGUCUGUGCGAGGUUCUUUGCGUUCGUAUUCGGAAAAACGAGCGAGAGAAACAACUGAAGGAUGGCAUUGCCGGAAAAAGGAUCAAACCCUCAAGUUCAACACCAACAGAUGUUGCUUCUUCUUCUUGUUCAAAUGCUGCCCCUUUUCAGCUCCCUGGCAUACUGCCGCAGUGCAAAUGUUUCAAUCUGGGUUUUGAUCAUAAGAAGCAACAGAAGAACGAGAUCCGACAGUCCAGUUUCAAUUUCAAUUGGGCGCUGCAGGGUAACCCUAAGAAACCAAGGUCAAAAUCUAGUUUUGGGCAGAACCCUACUACCGCUACUGCUACUCAUGAAUAUGUUGAUCUGAAGAGUAAUAUUGAUUCGACGUUGAAAAGAAAAUAUGAUGGUGAUGAAGAUUGGUCUGCUUCCAAGAAGAAGACGAAGACGAAGAAGAGGGUGUACACCAAGAACAACAAGACUAGUUAUCUCUGUCCUCCGCCUGAUUUGCCGGAAGAAUACAAGAAAUUGAUCAUCGGCAAGAUGAACGGGACAGAGUUGACCCUGCUCAUACAGAAGAAGUUGUACCCCACUGACGUCAACCCCAACCAUAACAGGUUGUCUUUGCCUCCGCUUCAAGUUUUGUCCGGCAGUUUCCUCACAUCUAAUGAGAUUGAAACCCUUAAUCCGAAGCGGAGUCAGAAAAGUCGUGAUCUGGGUUUCCUUAAUAUUCCAUUUAUCGAUCCAAGGCUCAAGCUUAAAGAAAAGAAAGGGAUCAACUUGAGUCUGUGGACGCUGUCGAACUCAGACAGAAAAUCCUAUGCGUUGAAAACUAGUUGGGGUAAGGUUGUUAAGAAGAACAAGCUGGUUGCUGGUGAUGUAAUCCAGGUUUGGUCAUUCAGGGCUAAUGGCAAUCAGCUUCACUUGGCAAUUGUUUUGGUUCAAAGAGCUACGGAAUGUAGCAAUCAGAGUGGAGGGAGCAGCCAUGUUUUUUAUUGUGGUCAUGGAAUUAAGUGGAGCGGCGAGAGAAGUAAACGAGCGGAAUGUAGCACAAGUGCAAGUAGCGAUGAAGUUGUGGACACCUACAGUCAGGGGCGGAUCUAUUAAGGGACCAGGGUGGUCCGGGACCACCCAAAGCUUGGAAAAAUGGCUGUGAGGAUCUUCAAGGACCACCCAAGUCUGGGCAAUGAUGGAGAAGAACAGCAGCCAUGGCUGCUCUGGUCGCUGUGCAUUUCAGAAUGAGGAAGAAGAAAGCCAAUUUUUUUUUUAAAAUGACUUGGCCAAAACGACGUUGUUUUGAGCCAAGUCAUUAAAAAAAAUUUAAAACCUCACUACUCACUCACGUGAGAACCCUCAGACAGCCCCUUCACACAGCAAUCAGAAGUUUAGAACUUCACUUUACCAAAUCGUUCAACUCUCUUCGUUCUCGUUACCAAAUCCUUCACACAACAAGGUCCGCUCUCGUUCCUUACGGCGUCGACAUCGAUCAACUCUCUUUUGCACUGCACUCUAGUUUCUGAAUCUGAAUCUGCACUGCACAGCAAUCAGAACUUCACUCUCUUCUUGCUCUCGUUCCUUCAGGUUUGUACUCUACUACUCUGCUCUCUUUAACUCUGUCCAUUAAAUCCACUAUCUGAAUCUACCGUGUCUGAUAGUAACCAAGAUAAUUUCACUCAGUCCAUGAUUUAUUGUUGUCCGUUAUACGAAAUAGUUUCACAUAACUCAAACUUCAUUCAAAACCUUUCUGCAUCCCCUCCCAAAAAAGAAGAAAUAAGCCUAGAAUAACUUUUUCCAAGCAACUCAUAAGUCAAUCAACUGAAAUUGAACCAUGAUUUGGUUCUAGAGCAAGUCGAAAUUUUUUUGGGGCAUGGAGUUCAUGCAUAAGAACAGUUGUGGUGCGUCAUGCAUCUUACAAUGAUGAGUUGACGGGGAGAAGUGGGUUGUGAAUAGGUGAAUUAUAUUGGAUAUACAUGUCACGUAGGCAAUUGCCAUGUCAGCGAUAGCUUUAGAAUUAAGUAGUCUUC